GCACACCAUUCGAUCACACGGCACCAGAGAGCAGACCAAACCAACCAGCCCGAGAUGGUGAAGCCCAAGCCCGUGCUGCUGCUCGCCAUCUCGCUCUGCUGCCUCUCGGCGCUGCCUCGGCACACGGCAACAACCGACGGCAACGGCAAGCCCCUUGUCACGGCCAUCACCAAGGACGCGGCCACUUCGCUCUACACCGCGCCCCUCAAGGACAGCCGCCCGCUCGUCCUCGACCUCUCCGGCCCGCUCAUCUGGUCCACCUGCGACGCUUCGCACCCGACGCUCGAGUGCCACCACCACGAGUGCGCGCGCGCGCACAGCUACCACCCGCACAACGGCUACGGCGUGGCGGACGAGGAAGACCGCUUCAGGUGCAAGUGCACGGCGCACCCGUACAACCCCUUCGCCGGCAAGGCCGCGUCGGGGGACCUGACGCGCGCCAUGCUCUCGGCCAACGCCACCGACGGCAAGAACCCGCUAUACCCGGUCUCCUUCACCGCCGUCGCCUCCUGCGCGCCAGACUCCCUCCUCGCUAAGCUCCCAGCCGGCGCAGUCGGCGUCGCAGGGCUCGCGCGCACCAAGCUGGCUCUGGCUGCGCAGGUCGCGCGCACGCAGAAGGUCGCCAACAAGUUCGCGCUCUGCCUCCCGAGCGGCGGCCAGGGCGUGGCGAUCUUCGGCGGGGGGCCGCUCUUCCUUCUCCCGCCUGGGCGGCCGGACGUCACGGAGAGGCUGGCGGGUGAAACUCCGCUCCGCCGGAACCCGGAGUUCCCCGGUUACUACAUCUCGGCUAAGGGCCUCGCCGUGAACCAAGAACAAGUGCCACUCUCCUCGUACGGGCCACUUGUCGUCGGGCUGUGCUCGAGGAUCCCAUACACGGUGCUCCGUUCGGACGUGUACCGUCCGUUCGUGCAGGCGUUCGACAAGGCCACCGCCGAGAGGAAGCGGGUCACCCCGCCGGUGGCGCCGUUCGAGUUGUGCUACGACUCGCGGGAGCUGGGGUCAACGCGGCUCGGCUACGCCGUGCCGCAGGUGGACCUGAUGCUCGAGGGCGGCAGCAACUGGACGGUGUUCGGCGGCAACUCGAUGGUGCAGGUCAAUGACAACACGGCGUGCUUCGGGUUCGUCAGGAUGAAGGAAUCAGAGAAGCGACGAUACUUUGGCGCGCCGGCGGUGGUGAUCGGAGGGUUCCAGAUGGAGAACAACCUGCUGGUGUUCGACGAGGAGAAGGCUCAGCUCGGCUUCAGCGGCCUGCUCUUCGGGAGGCAGACUACGUGCAGCAACUUCAACUUUACUCUCGCUGCCUAGAGCUAGCUUACUUGUUCAUGUGUGUCAGCACUCAGCAAUUCAGCAUCAGUGUGUAUCGGCUGUGCAUUUUCCUACGAUUUUGUGAUUUGUGACCUUGUUUUCUGUUUGUUAUAGAUAAAUUUUACAGUACCUCCAAACAAAUGUAUACUGUUCAUCUGGUUAAA